AUUCACUUUGGCAAAGAGUGCUUUGUUUGAAAGCGAACACGACUCCUCGGUGGGGCCAAACACCAAAUUAGAGCCUCACACUGUGUGCCUUCCUACGUCAGGUUGUUCUUGCUAGCCCGCGCCUGAUCAGCGUCUGCAGACAUGUCACAUCGCAAAUUCCACGCUCCACGCCACGGACACUUGGGCUUUCUCCCUCGCAAGCGUAGCAAGAAGCACAGGGGCAGAGUGCGCACGUGGCCUAAAGAUGACCCCGGCAAACCCGUGCACCUCACGGCCUUCCUGGGGUACAAGGCUGGCAUGACCCACACCCUCAGAGAGGUGCACCGCGUUGGUCUCAAGCAAACGAAGCGCGAACAGGUGGAGGCGGUCACCAUCAUUGAGACCCCCCCGCUCAUUGUGGUGGGUGUGGUGGGCUACAUCCGCACCGUGCGAGGUCUGCGCGCCCUCAAGACCAUCUUUGCUGAGCAUCUCAGUGAUGAGUGCAAGCGCAGAUUCUACAAAAACUGGCACAAGAGCAAGAAGAAGGCCUUCACUAAAUACAGUCAAAAGUGGCAAGAUGAGGCAGGAAAGAAAGAGCUGGACAAGGAUUUUACUCGGAUGAAAAAAUAUUCUUCAGUUAUUCGGGUUAUUGUUCACUCUCAGAUGCGAUUGCUGCCCAUAAAGCAGAAGAAGGCGCACAUCUUGGAGGUGCAGUUAAACGGGGGGAGCAUUUUGGAAAAGGUGGAUUGGGCAAAGGAGCGUCUGGAGCGAGCUGUUCCCGUGUCCGCUGUUUUCCACCAGGAUGAGUUGAUUGAUGUCAUCGGGGUCAGCAAGGGUCAUGGCUUCAAAGGUGUGACAAGCCGCUGGCACACAAAGAAGCUCCCCAGGAAGACCCACAAGGGUCUGCGGAAGGUGGCGUGCAUCGGCGCGUGGCAUCCGGCUCAAGUGGGAUUCAGCAUCGCGCGGGCCGGACAGAAGGGUUUUCACCACCGGACUGAGAUCAACAAGAAGAUCUAUCGAAUCGGUCGGGGGCUUCACAUCCAGGAUGGAAAGGUCGUCCGGAAUAACGCCUCCACCGAUUAUGACAUCAGCCAGAAGACCAUCACACCCAUGGGAGGCUUCCCGCACUACGGCGACGUGAAGAAUGAUUUUGUCAUGGUGAAAGGUUGCGUAGUCGGCGCCAAAAAACGUGCCCUCACCCUCCGGAAGUCUUUGCUGGUGCACACGUCUCGCAAAUCGUUGGAAGCCAUCGAGCUCAAGUUCAUUGACACCACGUCCAAGUUUGGUCACGGUCGCUUCCAGACCGCGCAGGAGAAAAGCGCUUUUAUGGGCCCACGAAAGAUGGAUGCCUUCAAGACUGUGCCGGAGCCUCAACCAGAAGAGAUCUAAAAAUUUGGAGUAUUUGAACCAAAAUGAAGCUUGCAGUUUUUCAGAAGGAAGGUGAAAUGUAUCAUUACAAAUAAAGGGUUUGAACACGUUUUGAUUUAAUCCACAGGAGACGCUUAUGACAUCAGCAACAUUUUUAUUUUGGGCAUAGAAGACUAAGUGCUUGCAAAAUUUGUCAUUUUCGCAUUAAGCGGACUAGAAUAAACAGUAAACAUGUACUUGAA